AUGUCACGUCCUCCAAAUGGGAACAGGGGAAAUGGCAAGGAAACAACAAGGAACACUUAUGUCAAGGAAACAACAAAUAACACUAAUGUCAAGGAAACAACAAGUAAUAGUAAUGACAACGAAACAACGAGGAAUACUAAUGUCAACGAAACACCAAGGAACACAAAUGACAACGAAACAACAAGGAACACUAAUGACAACGAAACAACAAGGAACACUAAUGACAACGAUACAACGAGGAACACUAAUGUCGACGAAGCAACAUGGAACACUAAUGACAACGAUACAACGAGGAACACUAAUGACAACGAUACAACGAGGAACACGUAUGACAAUGAAACAACAAGUAACACUAAUUACAACGAAACAACAAGGAACACUAAUGAAAACGAAGCAACAAGGAACAUAAAUGACAACGAAACAACGAGGAACAGUAAUGACAACGAAGCAACAAGGAACACUAAUGACAACGAAACAACAAGGAACACUAAUGUCAACGAAGCAACAAGGAACACUAAUGACAACGAAACAACAAGGAACACUAAUGACAACGAAACAACAAGGAACACUAAUGACAACGAAGCAACAAGGAACACUUAUGACAACGAACCAACAAGGAACACUAACAACAACGAAACAACAGGAAAUAAUUCUGACAACGAAACAACAAGGAACAUUAAUGAGCAUAAUUAG